CAAACACUACUAUUAAAAUGAUUGCUGCUUCUCGUACUGCCUCUAUUGUUCUUGUCCCUGUUACCUCAUUUGCUGGCUAUGCUACCUAUGUCCGUUCUACUUCUCAACCUACUCAAGCUCAUGCCAAUUUUAUGAAGGCUUCUGGUGUCAACCAAGCUGACCACUUAAGAUGGAGAAAGCUCAACAAUGGACUUGGUCUUGUUGAUGUUGGUCGUAGCUGUGGUGGUCUUUAAAUCUAUAUCUAUCCAAUGUCUCGGCUGGGCCGGCCUCAUUUUUUAUUUAUUGCAUACAAUGAUAAUUAUACCAACAUUUCUUCUUUAUCAAAUAAACAUGCUUUCUGUGAAAAAUUA